UCAGUUCUAGGGGACUGUAUAUAUUCAGAACAAAUGUAAAAUAAAUAGUUUGAUAGUUUAACGAACGAGAGAAAUAUCGAAAGAAAUCACCUGGUUGUCUUUAGAAAUACCAUAACAUCAUCAAAGAACCGUACAGCAAGAAUGAUUCGAAUAAGAUUUGAUCUUCGUGAAAUUAAAUGCAACGACGUUUCGCAAGAGUUUUUUAGAAUGAAGGUGCGUCUGUUCGCUAGCGUUUAGAUAAUAAUAAUAAGUUCCGAUUUGCCACACCUAUCAAUAUCGUAGCCUCGUUUUCUUGGUUCGCUCACACAUACAUCGACACUGUAACCGCUGAUAGAGCCGAAAUGGAUCGAUUCGAUAUUAACUCGCAGCUCGAAGCUAUCGGCUUUGGAAAGUUUCAAAUCGUGGCAAUAUUCGUUAUGGGCUAUAGACUUUUCUGCUAUGGAUCUACAAAUAGCCUUCUCGCCAUACUUGAACCGUACCUCCGUAAACACUGGCGUCUGAGUUACUUGACUUCAACAUGGCUUGUCCUUCCUGAAGUAUUAUCAAGCAUACCUGGAUCGAUCUUGCUUGGCAGAUUAGCAGACAUAUAUGGCAGAAGAAAGAUUUUGAUUCUGGUCCUUAUAUUUAAUUCUUACUUCUCUGCACUCUACUCGUUCUCUACUAACUUAUAUCUCAUGGUCAUAAUUCGAGGAUUUAUUGGUCUUGUAUCUUCAAGUAACGUGAUAGCAUAUACCUACCUACUAGAAAUUUUGCCACUUUCCCAGCGAAAAUAUUCGUCUUUGUUGCAUGUAACAUUUUUUGCUGGAACUGCUUAUGGGAUUUUCGCUGGUAGAAUCUCGAUAGAACACUUGACGUGGCGAUGGUUCGUCAUACUCUCCGAGGCAAUACCCCUUGCAGUGGGGGCAUGUUUGAUGUGUUUAGUUCCCGAAUCUACAAGAUACUUGCUGGUUUCUGGCCGGACUGACGAUGCAGAAGAUUCGCUGCAAAGGAUCGCCCGAAUCAAUGGCUUGGAGAAAGGAUAUAUUUCUUUGUUGGGAAGUAGCUCUGGUGGACAAUUCAGUGUUGAACAGAAAAAUGACGAAGAGGAUUUAUCUCCACUUGAGAUUGCGAAAAGAAUCAUUUUGGUUUCUUACAUACAGUUUUUAGGAUUUCUAUAUACAGCAACGUUGCGAUUUGGGGCGAUGCAGUUUGGUGAAAAUUCGGAUCUAAACAAAGAAACAUCAUGCUCAGUGGACUUCACUUACAAAUAUAUUUGGGCUUUGGAGAUUUCCGUCUUGCUUGCUGUUUUUACAUCGUACUUGUUGUUAGGGAAAUUCACAAGAAGACAGUCCUUUUACUUUCUGAUUACAUACCUAUCUUUGUGUAUUUUACCGUUGUAUUGGGAUAUUCGUGGUUGGCUCCUAACCAUCUUUAUGACCCUUUCAGGUUUAGGAUUUGCGGCUUUUAACACCAUUGUGUAUGUUUACGGGGCAGAACUUAUUCCAACAUCGACCAGGUCCUUCGGUUGUGGCAUUUCUGAAGCGGCUGGCCAAGCAGGGGCUUGCUUAGGACAGUUCAUAGCGCUUUAUGUCCAUCAAGUUAGCAUUCACUUGUCGUUCGGAAUUUUGCAUGGCUUUUCUGUAAUAGGUAUCUUACUCAUGCUUACCUUUUUCAAAGAGACUAAAGAAAAACAUUUGAAAUAGAAUUCUUAAGUGUGAGGAGGGUGUAGGGGUUUGUCGAUCUGCAGAGGUUGGGUAGUUUUGUACGCGGAUUUCACAUUUUUGGUUGUUUCAGAAUUUGACAGGAAAACCUAGCAGAUUCGCUACCCCUACACCCCGAUGUGACGUCAUUGGAAGAUCUAUUUUAAUAUCUUUUCCUUUGAAUACAUACUGUACAUAACGCCAUGAUAACACCAUAAAAUGCCUCUGAAUACGGAAAAUCAGGUUAAAAAUACCUAGCUGAUAUAUGGUCAAUGGAAGCUUUGACGUUUACUAUUUUGGUUCGCCUUUAUAUGAAAUUUAUGAACAGACAGAGAAAAAGUUACAGUGAUUUGAAAGACAAAAGCAUGCAUUUUUGUGGUAUUCAUUUAUGCUCGAGCAGGUUAUGUUAUGUAAAAUUGAAAUAUUCUGAACAAGAUUUUUGCAACGCUGUCAACGAUUCAUCUUUGAUUUGGCUAGUCCCAGGCUACUCGUCCCACGUGCAACAAAAUGAACGGAUAUCUGAUGCACCCUAUCGUUACGCUUAAGAGAAGUAAGAGAUGGGGCCAAAUGGCCGACGCUACAUUUACCGUAUAUCAGCGACCCUGUAAAGCUAAACAAUUAUUUACUCGGAAAGUUUUUGAUCUUGUCGGCAAUAUAACAUGGCUGUCUAUAUGUUAACAUUUUGUGAGAAACGAUAUCUACAACUGGAUAAAAAACGACUUCUUCUGUUGUCCUGAAUUAGAUAGAAACUUUUAUUGAAUAAAGUAUGAUACUUAAAAGUACCUUUUUCGAGGAGAAGCCCAAAAAGCUUCCAAAUAGUAUGGUUUAUAAUACUUUUAUGCUCUAUUUCAGUGCUAUUUUCAUAACAUGUUCAAUGAUUUUUUGAAAGAUAAAAAUUAUUGUUAGAUAUUUCUCUGAGAACCUGUUUUACAAAGGACUUUAUGUCUUUUUCAAUAAUGCAGAUUUAUCGGCUUGAAAUAAUUUCCAAAUUUGUCUGAUUUUUAUUAAUACAGGGGCUGUUCUCGCUUCGAUUACCGUAGCAAUUGAGUGUUCCUUCUCACGAAAGGUCUCGACAUAGAAUUCCUUUCAUUAUCUUCAUUUAUUGCUUUACAUUAUGUUAGUUUUUAUCUAGUUUAUUGAAUAACAAAAUUAUGUUAGCUCAAUUUUCUGUAUGUUUAUAUCAUGUGAAAUUUAAAAUAUACGAACUGAACUGAACUUCCUGCAAAUUUUUCGAUCAACGCCACUGGGAGUAGUUUCAUGGGUGAUCAGUGUACUUUUUGGACCUUUCCUCUAAUACUUUGAUGUCGUCAAUUUUCGGUCGUUUGCAUCAUAGAGAAUGUCCUUAUUUCAUUAACUUUCGUUUUGCGCAAACUUUUUUAUUUGACAGUUCAAAAGAUUUUAGGAUAUUCUGUAUCCAAUUAUCUUUGAUACUGCUUAACACAUCGAGGUAGUAUUUGGCACAGUGACAACCUAUGGUAGCCAGGGUGGGAAGUUUUAGGGGCAAGGAUGAGCCCUGUAUCAGGGUGUCUGGGUUGAUAGACGUAGGAGCCAGGGGGCACGUGCUCCCCCCCCCAUUUUUCACAAAAAUUGAUAAGUACUUACUUGCAGCUUACAAAGGUGCACCUUCUCUGAGUACGUGUGCCCCUCCACUUUUGAAUUGCUUCUUACGUCUAUGUCAAAGGUCUUACUCUGGUGUAUUUUUGCCGGCUAAACCCUAAAAAUGCAGGAAAACACCCCUCUUGUGACUGUUUUUGAAAUAGGUUGUAUAAAAAAUGUAUUUGAAAUAUCAUCAGUACCCGACAUACAAUAGGCAAUGACCAUGAUGAUGAUUGCAGUGAAGUUGCUUGGCAGUUGAAUCAUGCACUUGGUGAUGGAAGCAUGAAAUUUGAUAGAAAAACACAAUUUGAUAUAAUGAAUAAGAAGAGAUGCAGACCCGACUUUGAAAAUGCCCCCAAAAGCUAACUUUUACUAGGGCACUUGUACCCAGUCCUCUUUUGGGUCUUGCUCUUUAUCUUGUAAAUUACAUCAAGUAUCAAAAAUUUCGAUGGGAUUUAUAUUCGGUGAAGCAGGGUAGCCGAAAAUUAAUCCCACCGAAUUUUUUCGAAACUGAAAUUGUUUCUUACCGAGAUUCCCAAACGCUGAAAGAAACUUGUUUUACACCGAUUGAUUUUCAAAUGAAUAAAAUAAAUUUCUUUUAUAUUUUUUAUGGGUAACUAUACCUUCAUUUUACAUAUCAGUUUUUAUUUUUCCUUCGCCAUCAACAGAUACGAUAUCCAGCUCAUCUUCGCUUUCUUCUUUUUCGCCCUCCACAUCCAAGAAAUUUGAGUUCUCUAUGGGCUGAACAGAUGCUCCUACUGGCUCUUCAUAAAUUCUCUCAAUUAUUUCGUUUUAACGCCCCAGAUGUUUCAAUUUGGACAGCUCAAUUUUUAGCUCACAAUCGAUCAGAAUUUCUUAUCCCCUCGUUGCGAUUGGCAAACGAAUAAAUUGCAAAAUGUAAACGUUUCCAAUCAAUUUUCCUUCACGGUUUAUAAAAAAUGAUUUAAACAGACCGGUUGUGAAUAUUUCUAGAGAUUUGACCCGAAUUCGUUUCUGCAUUGGAAAACUCCUUUGAAAUGUAAAGAAAAAGCUAAAUUUUGAAAACAGCGUUAUUCGCGGCCAGCCAGACAAACUAACUUCAACAUGAAGAUUCCAAUUCUGUGAUCAAUUUUUAGAGAAAAUGAAGAUAAUUAAUUGACAACGCUAGAUGGAAUCAACGUAUAGUAUUUUUCGAAGUGGUGUGCGUCCAUAUUAUCAGGGUUUCAAAUUGCAUUUUUCUUUCAAUCAGGUCUUAGCAAUCUUAAUCUAAAGCGUUUUUAAAAGGUCGUGCGGCACAAAACUGUAGAGGUUGGAAGAAUAUGCGAAGAAUGAAGGUAUAUAACGGUCUUACGAAAUGAAAGCGUUGCUCCUGUGCUCCGAAACAUGGAUCUUUCACACAUGCGAUGUUGUUUACUUUUCAAUAAAGCUUCCCCAUUCACUGCGAGUCCUGUUUUCACCUUGCAAACAUGGCUGACGCGACGCCAUUUCUGGGUGCCCCAUCUCGAUAAAGCCACCUUCUCGUCGUUAACAACACUUAUUGAAGCAACCAACCAAAGCAAGUUCGUUAGUAGUCACGUGUUCCUAAGGCAUGCAUGCUUUGACACCUCAAAUUCAACUCCCAAGUGAAUUUUCACUUGUUUCGUCUUGGUUCGAUUGGACAACAAAUUAACAAGGGAAAUAACAGAUGCAUGUUUAUUGCCAGUUUAAAGCAUUUUCAAAGCUCCAUGGGAUCAAGUACAACUUAAAUUCGAAGUGUCAGUUUGGAAGCUUUUUCGAUAACAUGGAUACGAAGGAAAAAAGUCAACAGCAUCUCUUUCCUUCGAAUGAAAAAACAAGCAAAACACGAUCAAAUAGCUUUCUGGAAAAUAUUCUUGGGGCACCUUACACAUCUAAGAAGAGCACCUUUUUAGGUGAUUUACUCAACGUAGAUGAAACAGCGCAAGCUCGUCAGCGAAGCCAUUCUAUUGCCGAAGAGUCGCCUUCACGAAGGCCUAAGCAAGAAAACGAACGCGAGAAAACGCGGGACACUCACUUGAUCAUGAAGUCAAGAAACGUUUCAUUGACUGAAGCACUUCUAGGUCGACGACAUAGCACUAACGCUGUAUCCAUGGUCAAUCUUAAUAUGGAUUGCGAUUCAAGUUUUGAAAGCAACAGUGGGAAUUCCGGGCAGUCCCUGGAUUAUCUGGAUACAUUCGAUGAUCCACAUUUCACUGUAUCUAAACCAGAUCCCGUUCUGGAUUUAAAAGAUUUCAAGCCGGAUUCUGAAUCUGAAGCUAGCGGUAUUCGCUUCAUAAUCGAAGAGGCUCCAACCAAUACAGCUCCUUCCCAUAAGAAGCCUAUGAUUGAUGCUUUUCUUGAUCGGGUGAACAAUCUUUCCUGGGUUCAUGGGAUGAUACCAAAAAAGAAAUUCGCUCCAGGAUGCCAAGAUAGCACCCAAGGCAGGAAAGAUAGCGGAGCUUCAUUUUGCGACGAUCUGCUGGUAGACAGAAUUUAUAAACAUCUCAAUGAUAAAUAAUGACUUUAAGACGAAACUGCAAAGAAAUAUAAGGACUAAAGAAUUGAAAUUGCAGAUGUCACCAAGAGACUUACAAUUCACGGUUUUUAUUUUCAUGUUCAUCCUUUACAGGCUAGAGAAGGACUUUAUUUGGCGACAUCACAAGCUUCAUUUUGAAUAGUGUUUUCAUAAGUAAAAAUUUGACUAGCACACAAUUUUGUAAGGUAAAUUUCGAGAUAAGAAAUCCAUGCUAUCGUAAUCUUUAUUCAUAAAAUUGCCAAUAAGAAAUGUUGGUUUUAAUUGUUAGUUGGAUUAAUUACUUGUCUUAAUUGUAGUUGACUUAUAACAAUAUAAUUAAUUGUCUUAAUUCAUUCUUGAAGCAGUGAAAUUCAAUAAACAUCCUUCGUGUUUCGGUUGUAUGUUGUAUUAAUCAAUGUUAUGUUUGGUUAAAUUGAAUUUUUUAUAUUCAAUAAAUGAAGUAAAUCUUC